GACUCUUACCGAGCGCGUCCGUUCGCACGUACGCUCCUUUUGGAGCUAAAAAAUUAGCUCACGCUAAAAUUCGCAAAUCCGUAAUUAAUUAAUUUUCACAAUUAAUUACCCAUCGCGAAAGUGUUCAGUUUAUUUUCACUCAUCAACAAGUUCAAGUGUUUAUCUCAAUUUUCGGAGCAACUAGUCACAUCGCCAGCAAAAGCUUCACGCCAAGGAAAAAACUCACUGCAAAACCAUCGACUAUAAUUAAUCCUGUGAACCGACAAUAGUAUUUUAAACGUAACUUAUCUAUUAAACAAUUUGACAAUCGAACGAUCAGACAUUCCCACGAUCUGCACGUCUUCAGAGUCUCACGUAAAGAACAGAACAUUGAACGGCACAAAGAAACUUCGAGACUGACUAAUUAAGUUAUUGAUAUCAAUCGAGACUAUUUAUCGAAUACUCGGGACUAUUUUUCGGGUUCAAGACAGAAUUUUUAUCUAAUUAGUAUUACGUCAGAUUUUUCGGAGCAAUCGCGAGUGACAUUUGUUGCGUCAGAUCUGGAUUAUAGUACAAAAGGACUCAGGGAUUUACUGUACGGAUAUAUUACUGUGAUAAUUACUGCCUUUUCAUACCAGGCUAGCCAGCUGGGCCAUUCUUGUAGUGUGACUAGCGAGUAAUCGCAGGCCAUACUACAUCCUCCAAGAGUGACAGCUACUGAGACUGUAGUUACGUCUGUAUCUACCCUUCAAAACCUCGUUAAAAUCAGCUGGUCACACAUGGCAGGAAUGGACACAUCAGGCUCGCCUGUACCGGAUGCAAUCCACUCCCUCCUUGAGCAGCUCCAAGAGGCCCUUGUCCUCGAGCUCAAGUAUCAGCCGAACCUCCAACUGCCCGUUGCCACUCAAAACGAUGAGAUAACUAUCGGCGCCAGGGAUGGAUCGGCCCACGUUCUGCGCUGCCUCAAAGUCUGGUACGACCUGCCCUCAGAUGUAUUAUUCAUCGCAAUUAACCUGAUGGAUCGUUUUCUAACUAAAAUGAAAGCGAGACCAAAGCACAUGGCCUGCAUCAGUGUAUCCUCGUUUCACAUAGCUGCCGUCCAAAUGGCCCAGUCCCUUGAUGCCGAUCAUCUCGUAUCAAUUUCCCAGUGUAAAUGCACUGGUGGCGAUCUAAAACGCAUGUCCGAUCUGAUAAGGGCCAAACUCGAGUGGGCACCUGGUACUACACCCAUCACAGCUCUCACAUUUCUUCGUCUUUUUCACGUUAUGUUCCAAGCCGCUGCAUCCCAGAUGGGUCUCGGCGAGCUUUAUGCCAGUCUUGUCACGGAGUCAGAACUGCUCUUGAGGCUGGAGAUGGUUGCCUGCGAUGGUAGUUGCGCCAGCCUGAGACCCUCUGAAGUUGCACUGGUGUUGAUUUGCACUUAUCUGGACUCGGCUGUCAACCGUCUGGACGCCCAUGCAGAUGCAACACCUGUAACCGCUGUUCCGGGGCCUUCCUCGAUGGACAUUGAACCCACCCCAGCCCAGCAGAUGCUCAGGCUUGUGGAAUUUGCUGCGGAACUCCAGAAGAUGUCCAAGAUUUCCGAUGAGAGUUUCUUCUCAACUCACGAACUCGUCGGGGCAAUAUUGAGCAAGUACAAUGCACAAGAGCAAACACCACACAGGCAGAGACUCAUCUGGCGAUUGUCAUCACGAACUGCUAGAUUGCUACGACCAACUGACAAAUUCACAUCUGUACUGCCUGUUAUUGCUGAACAUGCACCAGUUCCAUCACCAAGUCGAGUGAGAAAAAGUCGAAAAUUCGCAAGACGUCACAGCAAAAGGCGUUAAACACCUGGAGAUCUUCGAAUAACAUCAAAAGACAGCUUUCGAAGCAAUAUCCUCGAGCAUUUCUGUAAAGGUGGAGGUAGUGAGUGUUUUGUACAUUUAGAUCGAAAAAUCAUUCAAGAAUAAUUAUUCUGGCAUGAGGAACAAAAACCAAAAAGGAAAUUAAAAAAAAAAUGAAGUAAUUUAUUAAGGCAUUCUUGGUAAGUUUGCGCAUUUUAUAUCAUUUCGGCGACAUUCUAAAUUCAACGUUGAGGUUGCUGUGAAAGUGCCGUUGAGAGCUGUGAAGACAAAAUUAGCGAGAUGAAAAAACAAAAUGUUGAAACAUUAAGAAAAACGUUAAUGUGAUAACAAUAAUUAAAAACAGUGGUUAAUAAUUGGGUAGAUAAUUCCACUGUUGAAGAACUUGUGUAUAUUCUAUCUAAAUAUAUAUUAUAUCCCUAUUAACGGAUGAAUUGAUGGAAAAGCAAAAGAAAAAAAAAUAUUAAAAAUAAACAAAGCAAAAAAAGAAUUUAAGUUCUAGAUCGUACUAUAGUCUUUGAGGCAAAGAUUAAAAAAAAAACUUACGUGUUUAUAAAGUGACUAAUUUGUUGAACUUUAGUUUCACAUGAAUCAAAUUAGUAUUUUUCGCCCAGACAUUUAACUAAAAGCAAAAAUAAACGUCAAAAAACGAAAAAAAAAUGAUAAAAAAUAAAAAUCAAGAAUUUUUUUUUAGUAUGAGUGUGUGAAUUAUUGUAUUUAAAUGUACUGUGUGUUAGAAAGUGUCUUCGAAUGCGUGAAAAUAUGCGCUGAAUGUGUUCUCGAAUAAACAAUAAUGAAAUAUUUUCUCCUGAGAGUGAGUCAAUUGAUUAAAAAAAUGAUUUUUAAAAAAUUAUGAAUAAUGAGAGAGUGCAUGAAAUUUCACGUAUUUGAAGAGAUGAAAAUUUAUGAUAAACUCGUGUAUAUAAUAUCAGCGAUAAAACACAAAUUUUCAUUUGUUUUUGAGGCAAUUAAAUCUUAAGGGAGUGGAAAUUAUUUCAGUGUGUGGAGAAAAAUAUGAAGAGAGAGGUAAUGAUGAUAAUGGCCACUGAUGUAUUUACACUAUUGCAAUUAUUGGCAAGAAUUCCUGUGUCUAUCUGUGGAGAAACUUUAAUUUAUUAUUUUUUUCCCCAGCUUCAUUCAAUAAUUGUCUUUGUUAUUCUACUCUUCUUCUUUUUUUUGUAUUUAUAUUUUUUCUAUUUAAUUUAUUUUCGAACGCGUCAUCUUCAAAUUGCAAUAGUGUGAAUGUAGAGGGAUGAAUAAAAUAUGAAAGUAUUUCCGAGAAUAUAGCCAGUUUAAUGACCAAAUAAAAUUGAGGUAAAAGUCGAUUGAGUAAUUUUCCAAUUGAACGGAGGAUUUUCAUUCUCUUUAGCAUUGGUGAAUAAUUGAAUGAUUUUUCGUUACUCUUCGAGUGAAUAAUGUAAUAUUUGAAUGAAAAAUACUGUCAAAAGUACAAACUGAUAAUUUGUUUAAAGAAAAAUGCCCUAGGGCUGGAAGAUCUCAACUUGCUAAUGCUCGAUGCAAAUCUCUCUGAUGCUCUGAUGCAAAUCAAAAUAACAUUUAUCAACUAGCACGUAAUUAUCAUCAUCGAUAUUAUUUUCACCCAUCAUUCAAUGGCAUUUUCGAUCGAGCUUCAAGGAACAAGAGAAAUCAAUUCACGUCUUCGAUAUUCGAAGUUGACGAGCAAUAUCAACAUUGUACCGUCACCAAUACGUAAUAAACAAUAAAUUUUAAAUCACGGAUUGACACUUUACGUGAUAUCAUUGUGUAAUUAUCCAUGUAUCUGGAUUGAAGGAAAAUACAUGCAUUCGCCAAAAUGUCA